AUGCUGCAAUACCUUCGUUCAAAGGGGUCCAGUAUGCAUAUGCUUCAGAAUUCGUUCUCCAACUAUUUCAGACAAAUCAUCCUUCAGCCAAGGAAACUGGCCACUGAUCUGCACCAGAUGGACACCUCGACCUUCUUACUCACUGCAAAGUAUUUCCGCAGUGGCAUGAGCAUAGAGAUUGCAUUUACCACCAUUGACUUUGGGGACAUUAAAAACCAGUUAAUGCAGAUGCCCGGAGGGAACCGUUCUCUCUUUGAGACCAGCUGGAAGAAAUGUUUACCGUUGAUCAGUUCCUUUCAGUGUUUGGAGCUGGUGAUUGAGGUGCUGAGACUGACUUCAGGCAUCUACCUACAGCCGGAGAUGGUUCUGAGCCUGCCCAAAGAUCUUCAUGAAGAGACAUUUAAAAAUAUAACAACAGUUUUUAAGGAGCUCUAUAACAAAAUGGCUGCUCGCACACAAAGCGCGAUAUAUGAAUGGAUGAGGCAAACACUGCAACGAUCCUAUAAACCACCUGGGCUGAGUGGGUCAGGAUCGUGGAUCACUGCUGAGAACCUGUGGUUUUUGGGUCAAUAUAUUGUCCACCUGCCUCUUGAGGAGAUCCAGAAGAUCAACCUUAAUGAGAUUCGACUAUUCAUUAAUUAUGACAAUGCGACAAAGCAGCUGGAUUCAGUGUAUGACAUUACACCUGCAACUGCCAAAGCUUUCCAAGAAAGGAUUGAUGCCAGUGGCUUUGACUUGAUCAACACUUCCACAGUGUACAGACUUGGUCUUCUGGUCUGUUUCUUCGACAACGUCCAGGAGCUGGACGCAGGGGAGGCUCGCAGCUUACUGCACCAGAUGAUAAAGUGCAACCGUCUCAAGGGGUUCCAAGUUGCUGUGAGGAAGUUGAAAUCCCAGCUCCUGGAAUUAGUUCUAAAAAAUCAAACCCUGAAUGAAUCGUUGGACUCCAUCUCUGAUGCAAUUGCUGGGCUGUCCUUCACACAGCUUGAAUCACUGUCCCCAGAAGCUGUGCGGAACGCCAUUUCUGUUUUAAGGAUGGUGACCGGGUGGACAAAGAGCCAGAUGAUCAUCCUCAUCGACAAGUUUAUUGGUGACAGUAAGCAGUUGUCAGUGUUUAACAUUAGCCAGUUGGGCGAGCUCAUGUUGGGAGUCAGCGCAGGCUUGUUGUACAACAUGAGCACUGAGGGACUGGCUCAGGCUGUAAGAGGCACACUGUCUGAACAUGCUGCACAGCUUUCCGCAGUCCAACGCAUGGCAGUGGUCACUAAGAUGGUCGAAACCAGUGAUAUCUCUUCUGUGUUGGACCUGUUGAAUGGGUCCUUCUUAAAAGAGUUGUCUCUCUCCAGCCUGCUUAAAGUAAAAGACUACAAUAUUACUCGGCUUGACCACAAGGAGCUGAGGAGAAGUCAGGCUUUGUAUCUUUACAAUGUAGUGUCUGAUGGGAAGCCUGGCAGUGAAAUAAUCAGUGUUGGAGAGUUAGCGAAAGGUUUAACCUGUGAACAAAUCCAAUCCUUGGACAACACAACAUUUCUCCCAGUUGCUGAAGUCUUGAAAAGUAAUCUAGACCUUCUGUCAUCUCAUCAGUUGAACUGCCUGGCAUGGAAGUACCAACAAGAAGCACCCGCGUUAAUGCCCCCGCUUCUUCUUGCAACCCUGCCCCCUGUUGUUCUGGAAGAUGCAGCACAAUCUGUUUGCAGACUGUUGUUGUUCAGCCUGGGCAGGGCUGAGCUCCAGUUAAUCAUUCCCGACUCCACAAAGAGGAAUGAAGUGAUCAGAAGAGCAUUGCAGUGUCUGAAUUACACACUGCAGGAUGAGUAUGAUGUGGAUGUCUUGGGUGGAAUGAUUUGCUAUUUGUCGCCACAAACCAUCAAAACGAAUAUAUCCCUCAAAGCACUGACUGAAGCAUUCAUGCAGUUCAGGUCUUGCAAGAACCUCAGCAAUGACCAGAAAAUAGAAAUUCGAAAUAAAAUUAGAGAAUAUUAUAGCACUCCAACUGUCUGGCAACCUGAAUUGAUACAAGAUUUGGGAUCUUUAGUUACAUUCUUGUCAAAGGAGGAUCUGACCAUUGUUGCUGAAAAGUUUCCAGAUGUAUUGCUGCAGUUAGCUUUGGAUGUCAAGGGGAUGGCCAUAUUUCAGGAUUUUCUGGCUGUGGUGUUCAGCACUCUCAUAAAAGGAACUGAGAACGAUAAACUCUCCAGUCUGACUCCAGGUUGCCGUGGAUUUACAGUACCUUCUUUUGAUCAGAUACUCAAGCUGGCCGAUGCCAACUCCUAUUGGUCAGUCCAGGAACUAAGCUGCAUGUCCACUCAGACUUUUAUCAAAAGUGUCGAGCACCUUGGUGCCCUGAAGAGUUUUGACAUGAUACAACUCAUUGCUCUAAAGGACAAGGCCAAGAUGGCUUGGGGCCCAAUUCGAAGCUGGAAGAAAUACCAGGUUGUUGCACUUGGACGAAUUGCGCUGGCUUUAAAUGAGAGUGAAAUCAAAGAGCUGGAGCUUGGUUCCAUUGACACUGUCGCUGCCCUGAGCCAACAGAAAGAGUGGACACCAACACAGGCUAGGUCUGUGUUGGAAGGCUUCCUCCGAGACUCUGGUAUGACUAUUGAUGCAAUGAAGGAAUGGGACCUAGUUGGAUUAGGAAGCAUGUUGUGUGCAAUGACUGACCAGGAGGUCAUCUUCUUGAGUGCUUCAACCUACAGUGCUGCAGCUGCAAGGAUCAGUGAGAUUGUCUGCGGAGUGGAGAUCCUCCAGGAACUGCUGAAGAAAGCAAGAUAUGGUUUUGGAAAUGUCACUGCAUGGGACAACUUCAUUCUCCAGGAGGUUGGAACAGUAGCAGCUGGAAUCCGUAAGGAAGAGAUAAAGAUGCUGAAUGAAGAGCUGAUGCCCUACUUCCGACCAGCGGCAAUAGCUGCUCUACCCAGUGAAGUAUUUAAAGAGCUCUCCCCAAAACAGCUUGCAAACCUCGGACCUGAGAAUGCAGCCAUUGUCACAGAGUCUCAGAAAGCCACAUUGAGCACAGAACAGCUUUCCAGCCUGCAGGCAGCAGUGGAUGGAGCAGAUUCAAAUCACUUAAUUCAGAUGUUGCUCUCUGCUUCUCCAAUCCUCAAUAGCUACCUGAUUGACCAAGCUUUUGAUGAGCAGUGGUCUCUCUAA